AUGGAGGUCAGUGAUGUUGCCGUUACUGAUAAUAAAGAUGGCUCCUACACUAUCAGCUUUUGUCCUGGUCGGGGUGGCAUGUUGAAGUUCGAGGUAUUCAUCAGUGGAAUGCCUGCUCCAAAUUGUUCUUUGACAAAACAAGUGAACUGGGUUAUAAGUAAUUCUCAUGGUAAAGGUGCUAUCACUGAUGGUGGAUUUACAAUGCGGGGUGAAGGUGGUGAGGGUGAAUACUGUUGGAGAGUAGGUGGAUGUUGCUUUGAUUCCGGAGUUCACACGUGGAAAGUUCGAUUGUAUGACUACAGCGAUGGGUACCAUAAUCGAAAUUACCACAAAGGGGGACAUACCAGUUCUGAAGUUGGAAUCAUUGACUAUGACGAAAUUAAUGCAGAUAUUGUUCAAAGCGAAAAGAAGUGGGUUUAUAAGCUUUCUGUCGGACUUGGUAGCAGUGAAGAUAUUUCCUUAACUCUGGACAUGCAAAAAAGAACAUUGAACGUGAAGCGGGGAAAUCUGACUUAUGGUGGUAAAAACUAUCAGUUCACUGCACGUCGUGUUUCACCUUUCUUUGCGUGCAGCUCACCUUACAUAGAUAUUAGUUUAGUGGAAUGA